AUGGCCAAGAUGCUGGGCACCGGACCCUUUUCUCGGCGGCCGUCGGGCCUGACGCGCUACGUCGCCGUGGCCGUGUUCCUGCUCGUGGCCCUGUACUUUUUCAGCAGCUCGAGCGACUCGUACACGUCGCCCGGCGCGUCCCUCGAGCGUCCCGUCAGCCCCGCGAGCCCGCAGCCCGGCGAGAAGAUCAAGCCCGACGACAGGCCGAAACCCGACGCGGGCAAGCCCGGGUCCCAGCCGCCGGCCGACAAGCCCAAGACCCAGCCCGACACGAGCAAGCAAGAAAAGCCCGACGCAAAGAAGCCCGACACGCAAAAGGCCGGCGACAAGCCCAAGACGGCGCCGCCGGCCAGCGAACCCGGGAGGAAGAAGCACCCCAUCGACAAGCUCAUCUACGACGCCCAGCACCACUUCGCCGAGCUCACGUCCAAGGAGUCCAAGACGGUCGAGCAGGCGGCCCAGGCGUACCGCAAGCAGCGCGGCCGCCACCCGCCGCCGGGCUUCGACAAGUGGUUCGCGUUUGCCCGCUCGCACAACGCGCUCGUCGUCGAGGACUUUUUCGACCAGAUCCACCACGAUAUCGAGCCCUUCUGGGGCCUCGACCCGGCCCUGAUGCGCCGCGAGGCCAGCCAGUUCGAGAUGACCAUCAACGUGCGCAACGGCAACGCCACGGCCGGCUCCGACUGGUUCUGGACCAAGAUCUGGCUCAACCUGGUCCAGGAGAUUGCCCCGCUGCUCCCGGACAUGGACCUCGCCCUCAACGCCAUGGACGAGCCGCGCCUCGUCGUCCCCUGGGAGGACAUGCAGGGCUUCAUGCAAAAGGCCGCCAAGACGGUCAAGCUGCCCAAGGCCAAGACGGUCGUCUCCGAGUUCCAGAAGCUGCCGGAGCCGCGCAAGGGCAACCUGGCCGGCGAGAUUCAGCAGAAGUCGUGGGAGCAGACGAAACCAUACUGGCCCGUCGCGCGCCGCGGCUGCCCACCCUCCAGCGCCGCCCGCACGGCGCCCCUGCAGGAGUCGUUUGCCGACCCGCCGUCCAUCAGCACCAAACACGCCGAGCCGCACCUGUACAAGGGCUUCGUCUCCAACUACACGCUGUCCAACGAGCUGUGCCACCAGCCCGACCUGCAGGGCCUCGAGGGUAUCCUCAUCGCGCCCCUGUCGACGUCGGCGACCAAGACCAUGUUCCCCAUGUUUGGCGGCUCCAAGCUGACGGUCAACAACGAGAUCCUGCUCCCCGCGCCCAUGUACUGGAACGAGGAGGAACGCUUCACGGGCGGCGACGACCACGGCGUCGAGUGGCGCGAGAAGCACAACAAGGCCAUCUGGCGCGGCGUCGCCACGGGCGGGCUCAACCGCGCCGACAACUGGCGCGGCUUCCAGCGGCACCGCUUCAUCGCCAUGGGCAACGGCACCAAGGUGGCCCUCGUCGAGGCGGGCGAGAAGCCCGAGAACUUUGCGCUCGCCGAGGAGCAGUACGGCGUGAGCGCGCAGCGCGACGGCAAGCUGGGCGAGUGGCUCAACGAGUGGUCCGACGUGGGCUUCAUCGACCUGAGCUGCGACCCGCCCCAGAAGGGCCGCUGCAACUACACCGACUUUUACUUCCACCCCGUCAAGGGCCUCAAGAUGGCCGAGCAGUUUGGCAGCAAGUACCUGCCGGACAUUGACGGCAACUCGUUUUCCGGGCGCUACCUGGGCUUCCUGCGGUCGACGUCGCUGCCCAUCAAGUCGACCAUCUGGCGCGAGUGGCACGACAGCCGCCUGGUGCCGUGGAAGCACUUUGUGCCCAUGGACAACCGCUUCACCGACUACUACGGCAUCAUGGAGUACUUUUUGGGCUACCAGGGCCGCGACGGCCACGACCACGCCGCGGAGAAGAUGGCCAGCGAGGGCAAGGAGUGGGCCGAGCAGGUGCUGCGCAAGGAGGACAUGCUCGUGUACGUGCUGCGCCUGCUGCUCGAGUACGCGCGCGUCGUCGACGAGCGCCGCGAGACCAUGGGCUGGGUCGACGACGUGCUGCGGAACCCCUCGCUGGAGAGCACGUGGAAGAGCUGGUGGCGCUUCGGCGGGAGCUAG